CGCGUCACCAGCGUGCACCGGAAGUAAAUCGCAAUGGGACGCAGUCAAUUUCAAGUUCGUGUUGUCAAAACUUUUCGUCCGAUGUUUUGUUUUCUGUAUUGAUUGGAGUCAAGAGCGCACAGUGCCGUGAUGGCACACCGAUAUCUGCAUCUGUCAAGAGGCUGCAGGAACCUUCUCCACGCUCUGCUGCCAAAUGUCAGAUCAACAAACCGUGUGCAAUCGGUUCAGGGUGUUGGGCAAAUCGUCCUAGACAGAAGAUCCUUGCUCUCUCAGGUCUUGGGCACCUAUAGACGAUUAAGCUCCAAACCUCCCAAAGGAUUUGAAAAAUACUUCCCUAAUAAUAAAAACGGUGGUCCAAAAAAUGGUGAGGCCAAGCCAUCCAACGAAGAGGUCAAAGAGGCCAAACCAACCAAUGCUCAGAAGACCACUGGUGGAGGUGGAAGUAGUGGAGGAGGAAAAAGAGGGGGGCGGAAGGAUGAAUCUAGUUGGUACAGCCGUCUCCAAAAGGGUGAUGUGCCGUGGGACGAUAAAGAGUUCCGUAUGUAUUUUCUGUGUGGAACGGUCUUCUGGACAGCCGUCACAUAUUAUUUCUUCUUCCGAGAUGGAGGAAGAGAGGUCACCUGGAAAGACUUUGUAAAUGGUUACCUUGCUAAAGGAGUGGUUGACAGGUUGGAGGUUAUAAACAAGCGAUAUGUAAAAGUCAUCUUUACCCCUGGUAAAUCUCCAGUUGAGGGGCAAUAUGUGUGGUUCAACAUCGGCAGUGUGGACACAUUUGAGCGAAACCUGGAAACUUCUCAGCUAGAGCUGGGUGUUGAAGGAGAGAACCGACUGCCAGUCGUCUACUCCACUGAAAGUGAUGGGUCGUUCCUCCUUAGCAUGUUUCCCACUGUAUUGAUCAUUGGGUUCUUACUGUUCAUGCUGAGGAGAGGGCCUGCAGGGGCAGGGAGGCCAGGGAGGGGAAUGGGUGGGCUCUUCAGCGUCAGCGAGACCACUGCCAAAGUACUACGAGACGAGAUUGAUGUCAAAUUCAAGGAUGUGGCGGGCUGUGAGGAGGCCAAAUUGGAAAUCAUGGAGUUUGUAAACUUUCUUAAGAACCCAAAGCAGUACCAGGAUUUGGGUGCCAAGAUUCCAAAGGGGGCUAUUUUGACUGGACCCCCAGGCACAGGAAAGACUUUACUAGCCAAGGCCACCGCAGGAGAGGCCAACGUCCCCUUCAUCACUGUGAACGGAUCAGAGUUCUUAGAGAUGUUUGUGGGGGUUGGGCCAGCCAGGGUUCGGGAUCUCUUUGUAUUGGCCCGGAAGAAUGCACCCUGCAUUCUCUUCAUAGACGAGAUCGAUGCUGUAGGAAGAAAGAGAGGCAGAGGCAACUUCGGCGGACAGAGUGAACAAGAGAACACACUCAACCAGUUACUAGUUGAGAUGGAUGGAUUUAACACUGCUACCAAUGUUGUAGUGCUGGCAGGCACCAACAGACCAGAUAUUCUAGAUCCAGCUCUGAUGAGGCCUGGACGCUUUGAUAGACAGAUAUAUAUCGGGCCACCAGAUAUCAAAGGCAGAGCCUCUAUAUUCAAAGUCCAUCUGAGACCACUAAAGCUGGAUGCAGAGAUGGACAAAGAAGCUCUAGCAAGGAAGAUGGCUGCUCUAACACCUGGUUUUUCAGGUGCGGACAUCGCUAAUGUGUGCAACGAGGCUGCGCUAAUUGCAGCCCGCCACCUUUCUGAUGCUAUCAACCAAAAACACUUUGAGCAAGCCAUCGAACGAGUAAUUGGGGGUCUUGAGAAGAAGACGCAGGUGCUGCAGCCGGAGGAGAAGAAGACAGUGGCUUACCAUGAGGCUGGUCAUGCUGUAGCCGGCUGGUUCCUUGAGCACGCUGACCCUCUGCUUAAAGUGUCCAUCAUCCCGCGUGGGAAGGGUUUGGGCUAUGCCCAGUAUUUGCCUAAAGAGCAGUACCUGUACACCAAGGAGCAGCUGCUGGACAGGAUGUGUAUGACGCUGGGUGGACGUGUGUCUGAGGAGAUCUUUUUUGGCCGCAUUACCACAGGGGCACAAGAUGACCUGAAGAAAGUGACACAGAGUGCCUAUGCACAGAUUGUGCAGUUUGGCAUGAAUGAAAAGGUAGGGCAGGUGUCUUUCGAUCUGCCACGGCAGGGAGAGGUGGUUUUGGAGAAGCCCUAUAGCGAGGCCACAGCAUGCCUCAUCGACACCGAGGUCAGAAACCUUAUCAACAUGGCCUAUCAGCGCACACAGCAGCUGCUAAAUGAGAAGAAGGCUGAGGUGGAGAAGGUGGCACUACGUCUACUGGAGAAAGAGGUGCUGGAUAAGAACGACAUGGUGGAGCUGCUGGGCCGAAGGCCGUUUGCUGAAAAGUCAACUUAUGAGGAGUUUGUGGAGGGAACGGGAAGCAUGGACGAGGACACAUCGCUGCCAGAGGGCCUGAAGGACUGGAACAAGGAGCGCGGCAGCGAGAAAGAGGAGAGUACGGAGGAGCAGGUGGCCCGACAGAUCACUGGUGGUAUGCCCUUCUGAGGACACCCAUUCACCAUGACCCUGGAGGGUCCAGAGCACUUAUUUAAGAGAUGGGAAACACUUGCCUGACGGACAGUGAGGCAAGUACCCUGUUCUUCAGAAGAGCUGCUGCUCUUGGUAGUAAGUGUUGGACUUAUGUUGUGUACAGUGGGGUGUUUAUGAAUUAUAAACUUUCUUGUGCUGAAGUUUGUUUCAGCAAAAUUUAAAGAAUCAGGAGAUCGUCUGUUGAAGGUGAAAUGCAUUUUACGUGACACAUCAGCGCUUUGUCAGAAUAUCUGUUUAACUUAAGGCUGUAGUUUGUCAAGAGAGAUUCUCUCUAGUCACAUCAAUUUUACCUAUCAAUGACCAAGACGACAUACAAAAAUAUAUAUAUAUAUCUUUGUCUAACAGGAAACAUGUUGAAUCACCUGUAAGCUUUGCCGCUGACAUGCACAGGUUGCGUUUCCUCUUUCUGUACAUUGAGAUCCCAGUUCAAAACUGCCGCAAUUUCGUGACCUUUCUGAAAGGUCUUUUUGCAGUUCUGCUUGCUCACUGGCUUCUGAAAGACUGAAAUAUAUGUGAAUGUUAUGAACAGUGCACAAAGUCAAUCGUGUCUCUCACAGAUUUGCACUGGCAUGAGCGUCAGCCUUUGGUUUCCAUGUUAUUUUAUGCAGUUCAUGACCACGUCCUUUGAUUGAAGGACAGAGCAGUCAUUUUUGAUGUGUUUUCUUCUGUUGAAGUUCAUUUAUGGCCCAGGCAGCUGCUCUUUGUGGUACAGGCUGAUUAAACUCUAGCUCAUUUUGAAAUAGUUGCAUACGACAUAAUUCGCAUUUGUAAUGAAAUAGGAUGCAAGCAUACACAAAUGCAGAAAAGUAGUUCAUUAUGUUAAUGAUCAGCUUAUGACCGUGUGUGAUUUGACAUCAGUAUUUAUUCUACAGUGCAAAUUCAAAUCACAAAUCGAGCUUUGAGGUUAAAAACAGAACUCAAUCUAAUACGCAUUGUCCUGUUGUGGCUUCAGCUUGAUAUUACAUCUAAAUGUGUAUUUUGUUCUGUGCAAAGGGUUUUGAACAUGUUUGAAAACCUAAAUAAAUCAACAUAAAUAUCAAA